AUGCAUGAUUUCCCCUGCCUGGUGUCUGGCGCCGUGCCCGGCUGUGCUACCUACGAGUGUGUCCUCACCACACUCGGAAUUCUAGCCCUCGGGGGAGCAACCAGCGCCUGCGGCUCUUUGCCUCCUCUGGCAGAUGGCCCUGAUCCGAGUGCAUGCAUGCAGAGGCAUCUCGUCAGUUUCCUUGACUCGGGGCUGACAUUCUCGCCAGUGACGCCGAACUUCUCGGGGGGACUCGACCCUCCUGACUGCGAGGCUGUUACAGGAAGUGAGCAACGCCAGCUGCUCUGCUCACCAGAAGAGCUGAGACGCUGUGUGGCUUCUACACGUUCAAGGCAAACACUUGGAGAGACUCAGCAGGAUAUCCGUCCCGUGUUGGCCCGUGACCACUGGAGCCAGCGCCUCUCUUUGACGGAAGCACAGAGCGGCAGCCGGGAUUGCUUACCACCUGCAGCGUCUUUUCGGAGGAGGCGGCUGGCACGGAGGCCGGGCUACAUGAGAAGCGCUGCUGGGCCCCGGAUCGGGUUCCUCUACCCCGCAGUGGCCACUCCGUUACGGGCUCAGGGAGGGAGGUGCUGUGAGGAGUCCUUCCAGUCUGAGUCCAGAGCUGGACGGUGCGGCCUUGAACUUGGAGGCCAGUGCCGAGGCCCCUCAGUUGGGAGCCCUGCAGCCUCGGCUCUGACCGCAGUGGGCCACCCAGGCCUGGCUCUGACUCCUGUGAGAGGACCCUCAGGGCUCUUCGGGAUUCAGCUCAGAGCUGACACCAAACUACCUGCCAGGCUGGCCAGGUCGUGUGGCCCUGGGGAUACUGGGUGGCAGGGGCCACUCCCAUCCAUGGACAGCUCUGAGGCCCCAGGCCCUGGCGGGGAUGUUGCUGGCGGGGAAAGAGCAAAGAGCACCUGGACAAAAGGCUGUCUGUCCCCAGAGGAGGUGCAUGGCAGCGGGUGCAGCCUCGCAUGUGGCCCCAAGGUCCUGUCAGCCCCUGCCGGCUCUCAGGAUGCCUUCACCUCCAGCUUCAGCUUCAUACGCCUUUCGCUCGCCUCUGCUGGGGAACGUGGGGAAGCAGAAGGCUGCCCGCCUCCCAGAGAGGCCGAGGCCCCUUGUCAGAGCCCCACAGAGACGGAAGCCAAGGAUGCCAGCUUGGACAGGGCCCCCACACACCCUCGGCUUCACUCUCCCCACUUCGAUGUCAAGGCCGCCCAGAGCCUGGUCGACUCUGCCCCAAUGGCAGCGGGCAGCCCCGGACUGGAGCGUGAGCUGUGUUCUUUACCGGACAGGGACACGGACAGUGCCUCCACCUGCCCCCUGGUCCCCUCGUGGUCAGGGGGCAGUGGUGUGGGAGCUGCUCCCGGCUGGGAAACCCUGCUCAGGAGGUGCGAGCCCGUGCUGCUGGACUGCCUGCUGAGCCACCAGAGGCAGCUGGAGGUAAAAUCCUUAAGAUUAAAGCUUCAGAAACUUCAGGAAAAAGCAGUUGAGAAUGAUGAUUAUGAUAAGGCUGAGGCGUUAAGACACAGAUUGGAAGAGCUGGAGAAGGAGAAAGGCAGCCCGCACUUCCUGCUUCCUUCCAGGCAGCCGGCCCUCUGCAGCCUCCUGGGCCAGCUGGACGCACAGGCCCAAGCGGCCUUGUGCCACAGGGCCUCCUGGAUGGCCAGCAGUGACGAUACCCAAGCCCUGCUCCGAAUGGAGCCAAAGCGGUUCGAACCCCCUGCCCAGGAGGCCCUGCAUGUGUCCAUCACCAGACGAGACUGGCUUCUUCAAGAAAAGCAGCAGUUGCAGAAAGAAAUUGAAGCUCUCCAAGCAAGAAUGUCUGUGCUGGAAGCCAAAGAUGAGCAGCUGAGAAGGGAAAUAGAAGAUCAGGAGCGGCUGUGCCCAGGGCAGGGCUGCGACCUGGCCCCGCUGCUGGGCAGGUUGUCCAUGGGCGAGCUGCAGGAGGUCAGCAAGGCCUUGCACGACACCCUGGCCUUGGCCAGCCGGAUUCCCCUCCAUGCAGAACCACCUGAAACCGUAAGGAGCCUCCGGGAACGGGUAAAAUCCCUCAACUUCUCACUUAAGGAACUCACCGCUAAGGUGUGUAUGAGCGAGAGAAUCUGCAGCAGUCUCAGGAAGAGAGUAAAUGAUAUUGAAACCCAGCUACCGGCGCUGCUUGAAGCCAAGCUCCUAGCCAUAUCAGGAAACCAUUUCUGUACAGCCAGGGAGCUCACGGAGGAGAUGAGAUCAUUAACAACAGAGAGGGAAGGGCUGGAGGGACUCCUCGACAAACUGCUGGUGCUGAGCUCCAGGAAUGUCCAGAAGCUGGGAAGUGUGAAGGAAGAUUACAGCAGACUGAGAAAGGAGCUGGACCAGGGGGAGACUGCCUACGAAAUGAGUGUGCAGGAGAAUACUCUGAAGUACAUGGAAAUCCUCGAGGAAAAACUGCGUAGCUGCAAGUGUCCACUGCUUGGAAAAGUGUGGGAAGCAGACUUGGAGGCUUGUCGGCUGCUGAUCCAGAGCCUCCAGCUCCGGGAGGCCAGGAGCGCACUGUCCACAGAAGAUGGGAGGCAGCUAGAUGACUCCGAGGGACCUGCUGAUACACUGGCUCCUGCCGUCCCUGCCGGGCUCCGCUCUGCAGACGAGAGGAGGGCCCCUCUGGAGGCCUUCGAAGAGCGGAAGGCUCACCUGACCGCAUCUCUGCACUGUGCUGGCAGUGAGCAGAAGGAGGAAUCUUGCAUCCUUUCUGCAGAACUCGGAGAAAAAUGUGAAGCCAUAGACAAGAAGUUAUUGUACUUAGAAGAUCAGCUGCACACAGCAGUCCACAGUCAUGACGAAGAUCUCAUUCAGUCUCUCAAGAGGGAGCUCCAGAUGGUGAAGGAAACCUUGCAGGCCAUGAUCCUGCAGCUCCAGCCGGCGCAGGCGGGGGAAAGAGAGGCCCCAGCUUCCUGUGUGACAGCUGGUGUCCGGGAACCACAGGCCUGAGGCGGGACAGCAUGGGGGCUGGAGCGGGAGAGGCCACAUCAUCAAUAUAGAUGCACAGGAGGCCUCUCUCACUUCCCCUGCAUGACCCCUGGGCCCGAAUCCACCAUGGAGAUAGGACCUGGAGGGGGCCCGCAGAGAGGUGGCCCCGUUGGCUCUCCUGGGGCCAAGAUCGGGGAGGGGAACAAUCUAGAUCUGCUGAAUUUCCCUCCGACCAUCAGCCAGAGGCACCUUUCCCGUGUCCCUACUGGGAGCGUCCUGCGCAGGACACGAACGUCUUCUCAUCUCAGCCCCCAAUAGACAGAAGCUGGGGGUGAAUCCUGCUAGAAAAAUGUCUCUUUUCCUGUGCCAUCUUGCUUUCUGCUGCAAUUAAAACAUCUCCUGAUUUAAGAACCCGUUAAAAGGAAACUAAACCUAAGCCUCCCUCACCACACCUGUGAUACUUUCCUACAGGCACAUGAUAUAAGGGAGCUAAUUAACCCCAGAUUCUGGAAUUAACAGCUUUUCACCUUCUCCUGUGAUUCACUAAAAUCUCAGAAGAAUUACUAUGAAAAGUUCCAAAAGGUAUUUCUUUAAAGUAACAGCCUAUCAGUGAGGCACAGUCUUUGGGUUUUCCUAUUGUGGCAAUGCCCAUUUGUACCGAAAAGGGUGUUUCACCAGGACACAUGGAAAGUCACCCACAAUGACAGCAGGAAGGGGAGGAGGGGCAUGAAGGGAUCCGGUGACAUGUUUAAACUUCUGGGCCUCCCCUAUUUUCCUCUCAGACCUGUUUGGCUCAGUGCCAGACAGGGCAUGGUCCUGGAGCCCCGGGCGGUAGAGUGUUCUGCACGGAGUUAGUGCUUGCUCAGUGGGGCAGGCAUACCCAGUACAAUCGUACCUGCUCAGGAAGGCACACAGUCCUCUGUAAGGUAGUGACUACUCAGUAAUGUGGGGCAUUGAGGGCCCUUCCCUGCCGGGGCAGCUGUACAACAGGCUACGUUCUAUUAGGCAGCAUUCCCAAGGUGCUCUGAGCCAGGCGGCCUCUAAGAGAUGCUCCACAAAUGAACAGGUCUCCCUCGGUCAGAUAUGUUUGGGAAAUACGGCAUGCCAUGAUUUCUGGUUGGAGAGCCACAGUGCCCAUUAGCAUGUCAGACUGGAACAGAGCUCGGGAAAGAAACCCGCUUGAUUUUUUUUUUUUUUGUCUAACCCACAUUUUUAUGGAUCAUAGAUUUUAUUUAAGCCCUAUUCAUACUUCACCCAUCUAUGUCGUGCAGCGCCACAUUCUCUGGGGAAGUCAUGGUCCACAAAAAUACCGAUUUCUGUAACGUAUUAGGGCGUGACAGCGGCCAGACUCAAGCUUUUGCGCAGUGUUGAGCUUAGGGACUACUUGCCACAGUUUGGUAAGUCUAAUUGAUUUGUUGAGGGGUUUUUUUUGUUUCUGUUCUCAUUUAUACUUACAAGAAUAGGGACGGUGCUCCUUUCAUGAGGAUCCGUGGGCGCUGGACAGUUCUUGUCAUUUCCUGAAGUCACACUGUCAUUUCCGGAGGCCAGCUGGUGCUCUGCUAAGCCUCCCGUGCUGGGCAGCACUUCUGUCCUCAAAGAGAUGCCCUGCUGAAGCCAGCACCUGGCCAGGGUCCAGGUAACCAAGCAAAAGCACAAUAUGUGAAUUUGCUGAUUGUGCUUCAUCAAUUUUAUCUUGAGCAUUUCAAAAAAAUACGCUGUAUGUAUUUCAAUAAUAAGUAUAAUUAAUUCGCUCUAGGAAUUCUUGGGUUUUUAAAUGAUGGACUAAGGUAAUGAAUUAUUUAUAAUCAUGUCUAAAAGGUAAUAUGUACUAGUCAUAUGCCACUCGGAGUCUUGAAUUAAUUAAUUAAUUAAUUAAUCCUUGAAGUAAUUCCAGUGAGGCAAAACUGGGGACAAGUCAGGAUUGACCAUAUCCCCAAUAGCAAAUGUCUACUCUGACAUGCAUCCUAUUUGGAAGGCUCCCAGACACAAGACAUCUUAACAAACACUAAUCCGAGUGUUUUGUGUUACUCGGAUACCACCAUGAAUAUCUCUGUGACGUCAUGAUGUAUUUGAAAAUUCUGGAAGCUGAUAAGAGCUGUAAGUGUGCCCCAAAUGAGAGUCCUCUAGUACCUCCGGUGAGCAGUGUGUCUGUUUCUUUGUUGAGAUGCCUGGAUAAGUAUCGGGGCAGGUGACUGACGCUUUAACCACGUGCAGCAACUCCUCUGUAGUCUACGCUGGUGUCAGCGUCAGCCGGGAAGCCUGCUACAGGCCAGCGUGUUUCCUCUGGCCACACGACCUCCUUGGGACGAGUCCCUUCUUCGGCCACUGUGACCUUCAAAGACCUGGGACCUUGUGUCCCAAACCAUAAUAUAGUACAAUUUGGGUCAGGACUUGAAUUUAAAAUCAAGAAAACCACAAUGCAAAUGAAAGCUUUUAUGGAGAUAGUAGCUAGACCACAAACCGAAGUGCAGAUUGAAAAUGGUGACGUGGUGUCUGACUUCCUUGUGACGUGGUAUGACAGAACGUGUCACAGGCUAUGCUGCCCGCCAGACUGAGAUGCUGACAUUCAAGUGGCGCUGCCCAUCUGUCUUUGACCAGCCUGACUUAGGGCAUGAUCGCAUUUGGUAACAAGUCUAUUCCUUCCAACUUCCUGAAAUUUCAAGAUCAAAAUGAUGUUCCCCCAAAUCAUAGUAGUAUGUAACCCUGGAAACCUUUCUUCCUCUGUAGUAAGGCUCGGUUCCCCACUCCAGGAAUGUGGAAGGGCUCCACUGUGCGCACUGGGACUGUCCUAAGACCUUUAUAAUCGUUAUCUCAUUUAAUUCUUACGUCAGCCCUAUAGAUGUCUAUAGACAACAAAACAGAGCCUCAGAAGACCAGCGAGCUUUCCCCAAGGCACAGAGCUGAGGAUGUGUGGAGUGACAUAGGGGUCAGAGACAGGUGGAAUGCACUUAACUAAUGCUCUUCCUAUUAUGCCUUCAAGGGCUUUUUGAGGUUUCGAGCCAUGGAGCUCUUUUAUUCACUUCAGAGCACACGGUCACCUUGGGAAUGCUGCUGGGGCCCUCAGCUUCACCCACCCCCAGGUAAGCCCCGGAAGUCCAGCUCAGCUCCAACAGGCUUCAACAGACGUGCCCACCCCGCUGUCCUAACCACCCAGUCAGUCCCAGCCCACCACAAAAGCCAUACCAGGAACAGCCAUUUAUUGCUUGGCAAUGGGCAGAUUUUUCUUGGAAAUCUGAAAAGAAAUCAUUCAGGAAAAUAAAAAAAAAGAAAACCUUUCCGAAAGCAGUUGAGAAAAUAGCACUGUACCCUUUGGUUGAUGCCUCCUUGUAGAAGUGAUUCAGUACUUUUAUUUUUAAUACCCUCAUCUUAUCUAAUCUGUGAAUUUUAUCAUAUAAUUUAUUGCUUCAUAGAUUUUACUUUUGUUACAUGAAAUUAAAGCUGAUACCGAAACCCUGGUGCACCUUUAAUAUAUAUAUAUAUAUAUUUUUUUUUUUUUUUGGUCUUCUGGAGUGUGGAUGAUGGAAAAACUUAUCAGGUUUAUCCAUUUUAUCUUUUUGUUGCUGGAUGAUUGAUUGUACAGUUACAUCCCACAAAACCUUUCUAAUAAAGCAAUGCUUGAAAAUGGG